AUGUUUGAACCGAAUCUCGCCAUCGACGUGAGUCUCCUGGCCAUUAUUCUUGGUCUGUAUGCGACGAAAAAUGACAGAAACCUCAUUCUUGUUUUGAUUUGCGCUCUCUUCGCGCACGUCUUGUUGACCAACGACAAAGAUGACUCGAACGCUGGUGUUCUCCAGAACGCAAGCACCGCGGCCGUCACGAAUGAUGGUCUGGGUGCCGCCGUGACAGACGUCGUCGCCACAGCCGUAACACCCACCACCGUUGCCAAAAACGAAAGUCCUGUAGCCCCCGACGGCUUCAAGAGCACGGUGUCGUCCGGAGUUUUUUAUCGCCAGCUGAGUUCCCCUCAAACGAAUCUCACAUCGACGGUAUUCCCAUCCACCUCGAAGGAGGCGAAUGGGAAGCUGGCAUCGGCGAGAGAUUCCUUCUUCAAAUCGCUCGUUUCCUAA